UUAAACUAGAGAAAACGUUAUUUUUCCGACACUCCAACAAUACGACUGCAAAAACAUCUAUAACAAUAACAAUAACAAAUUAUACAGUACCUCUCUCUGGAUUGAAAUACAGUACAAAAUUCACUUAACAAUAGAGAAAAUUUCUAGUGAACCAUCAACAUUGGGAAUAUUUACAUUCCACUACAUGUGUGUAGUACAAUAAUUAUUGAAAUAUCAUCCACACUUAAAUAAAGAUAAAAUAUGGCUGGCUCAUGUCAGAUGUUUGUAAUGAUACUGGGCAUCUUUUCCUGUGUCAGUGGAGAACUACAUUCUUUCAGUGCAAUAAAUACAGAAAAGAAACAAGACCUCUUCCAAGAAGCAAGAGAUGCCAGCAACCCCUGUCCCUGUAGUGAUCCUCUACUAUGCAUGUCACUUGCAAAUGCUGCACAAAGAAAUUCAUUAGCUCCACAUGUCCAGAAAUUCUUAGAUAAGUCACAGAAAAAUGAAGUUUUCGCUUUUGUUCUUGAAUGUGAUGCAUCUGUUUGGGGAAAGUUCAACUGGUCUAAACUGUCAACUAUUGCUCUUGCUGGCUUUUAUGAUGUGGACCUCCUUUGUCAUGCUCAUGAAAAUGGAGUCAAAGUUGUGAGACUAGGCAACAUCCCUACAAGUGAUCUUCCCAAUGCUACUGCACGGCACAACUGGGUAGACUUACAAGUUAGUGAUGCUGCUUUGAAUUUCUUAGAUGGAAUUAACAUUGACUUUGAAGAUGUUGUUGAUCCAGACUCUCCAGAGCAAGAAGGACUGAGUAAUCUGGUGCAAGAAACAGCAGAAGAGUUUCAUAAACUUUUGCCAGGGUCAGAGGUAUCAUUUGAUGUAGCAUGGUCAGCAAAUGGGAUUGAUGGACGGUAUUAUGACUACAAGCAAAUUGCAAACUACAGUGAUCUUAUUUUCAUCAUGGCAUAUGAUGAACAAAGUCAGAUAUUUGAUGGCCCAUGCACUGCCAGACCAAACUCUGGAAUCUACAAGACAGCUAAAGGCAUUCAGACAUACUUGGAUCUGGAUAUUCCAGCAAAUAAAAUGAUAUUAGGAGUACCUUGGUAUGGUUACAACUACCCAUGCAUUUUACUGGACCAGGUAGGAAAAAUACUUUUCCUUUUGAAGGACAAUCAGGGUCAAGACCGUCAAAUGCGAUAUGAUGAUGGACAGAGUCUUCUUUACAAGUACAUGCUGGCCAUAAUGACUGGAAUGCGUGGUGUUGGCAUGUGGACGGCCAACUUUCUUGAUUAUUCAGCAACGGAUGAAGCUAUUGCUCAACAGGAAUUGAUGUGGAGUCUGUUACCAUAAAUUGUUAUAACCUUUUAUUGUAGUAAAUAUCUGUAUCUUGAAUGCCUUAUUUUCUCUGGGAAUUUUGCCUCCACAAAAAGAUGAUUUUUGUAUAGAAAUUACGAAUUGUUUUGAUGAAAAUUAAACCUAAUAUAUGAUUACUGAUAGUACAGUGUAUAAUAAAGCCUGUGAAAUUUCAGUGAUUAUUGUCAUCUGAUAAGUGUGACUGAGUUGUAAUAAGAGGUUAUUAUAGCUCAACUUGAUGUUGGAGAAUAAGCAAGAUAACACUUAUGGAGGGCUUCAGGGAAAUAAGUUAACUAAACUUGAGUCCUGGAAGUGGGGAAAUACAGUGUCUGCACUCUGAAGAAGGGGUGGGGACAUUGCAAUUUGAAGAGUCAUUUGGAAUUGUGAUGUCUGUUCCCUUCUGGGACCCUUGUAGGUUUAGUGCUUCUUUUGAUUAUAAUAAUAAUAAUAAUAAUAAUGUGCCCUUGUGGCAAGACAGCCAGUGAAUAAAUGAAGAGUUUCCUUUUAUUUUGGGUCACCUUACCUCAGUGGGAGAUGACUGAUAAAUUUAAAAACAAAAACUAAUAAUGAUAGCAUAAUGUGGGAGUUGGGCAGAUAAGAGCCUCAUACUGUAAGUAAUAUCAAAAACUUUGUGUUCUCUUUAUCAAAUAUAAAUGUGUUGCACAUUUAGCACCAGGCAAUGUUUUACUCGUAAUAUGCAUAUAGUACUUUGCAAUUUCUUCCUUUGUAGGAGAAAAUUCUAGGGAUAUUGUGUUAUCAGUUAACAAACUCAGUACUAUAUUAGGGACAGGGCCUCCCACUUAUAACCUUGUUGUGUUCUGAUUAUUUUUUUUCAUCUUGAGUGUUUGGAACCUGGAACCUAUUUUCCCAUAGAGCCAUGUUACAAUUGGAGAUGAGUUUCUGAAAUUGAGUUAUGUACCACAACUUUUCGAAAAAAAAAAAGGAACAGAAGGUUUUUUAGUUCUUAAAUCAUCAGUAUUAAUAAUGUUGUUGCUUGUUGAUCUAGAAAUGUG